ACUCCUCCCGGGUACCGUCGCUCCCAUCUCGGCGGGAGGAGAUGUCGCUGUGGAUGUAGAGCUGGGUGCCAAGUAACCUUACCGGACAGGAACCGCGGCCAGCCGGCUGUUACUACCCUACCGACCUUGACUGAGGCGGGCGGGCCUCGGUGCUCCUUUCCCUCCCCGUCCUCGGUAGACCAUGACACGGGUUCCUCUGUGGUCUCGCUGAAGAACCUGGGCUGGGGGUUCGAGGUCUCCCCGAGGUCUGCCCCCCCUCCCCCCUCCCAACCUUACCCCUAACCCUCCCUGGACCAUCUCACCCCUUUCUCUCCCACCUAGCCAAACACUAGACCAGCCUCAAGAUGAUGUGCGAGGUCAUGCCCACCAUCUCAGAGGACGGGCGAGGCGGAGCCGGCGGCGGCUCUUCCUCGCCGGCGGGAACUGGCAGCGGCCACAGUGGAGGUAUUGGAGGCGGCGUGGGGGGCUACAGUAGCCGGGACCCCCGCAGCAGUGGUGGUGGUGGAGACGAAGGGGGCAGCACGGGCAACCUGGAGUCUCUGAUGGUCAACAUGUUGACGGAGCGAGAGAGGCUGCUCGAGAGUCUGAGGGAGACGCAGGACAGCCUGGGAACGGCCCACCUCCGACUGCGAGAGCUGGGACAUGAGAAGGAGUCGCUACAGAGGCAGCUGUCCAUCGCACUGCCGCAGGAGUUUGCGGUGCUGACCAAAGAGCUGAACCUGUGCCGGGAGCAGCUGCUGGAACGCGAGGAGGAGAUCGCAGAGCUCAAGGCAGAGCGCAACAACACACGGCUGCUGCUGGAGCACCUGGAAUGUUUGGUGUCGCGACACGAGCGCAGCCUGAGGAUGACGGUGGUGAAGCGUCAGGCGCAGUCUCCCGCGGGGGUCUCUAGUGAGGUGGAGGUCCUUAAGGCCCUCAAGUCCCUGUUCGAGCACCACAAGGCCCUGGACGAGAAGGUCCGUGAGCGGCUGCGCGUGGCCCUGGAGCGAGUGGCGGCGCUGGAGGAAGAGCUGCAGUCGUCCUCGCAGGAAGUGGUCUCUCUCCGCGAGCAAAUCAAACGGCGGCAGCAGGGACUCGACAAAGAGCGGCUUCCCAACGGGCCGUCGUCCAUAUUAGAUGACGGCGAAGUGGACCGCCAGCGCGAAGGCGAGCUCGAACGACAGCGAUCCGAGUUGGGACAGCUCAAGGAGAGGCUGGCGCUCAUGUGCAGACAGGUUGGCGAGAUCGAGGAGCAACUGACGUCCGCCAGGAGAGAACUGACGCGAUCCGAGGAGGCCAACCACAAACUACAGCGAGACGUCAAGGAGGCUCUGUGUCAGAGGGAAGACAUGGAGGAGAGAAUCACCACACUGGAGCGCAGGUACCUGAGCGCCCAGCGCGAGGCGACGUCUCUCCACGACAUCAAAGACAAGCUGGAGAACGAGCUGGCGAGUAAAGAGUCUCUGCACAGACAGAGCGAGGAGAAGAACCGUCAGCUUCAGGAGCGCCUGGACGACGCCAAACAGAAGCUGCAGCAAACCCUGCAGAGGGCCGAGACGUUGCCCGAGAUUGAGGCACAGCUGGCGCAGAGGGUGGCCGCCCUCAACAAGGCUGAAGAGCGCCACGGCAACUUUGAGGAGCGACUCCGCCAGAUGGAGGCGCAACUGGAGGAGAAGAACCAGGAGCUGCAGAGGGCCAGGCAGCGUGAGAGGAUGAACGACGAACACAACAAGCGUCUCUCGGAUACCGUGGACAAGCUGCUGUCCGAGUCCAACGAGAGGCUGCAGCUGCACCUCAAGGAGAGGAUGGCGGCGCUGGAGGAGAAGAAUGCUCUCUCUGAGGAGCUGUCCAACAUGAAGAAGAUUCAGGAUGACCUUCUGACAAACAAGGACCAGCUCAUUGCUGAGCUGGAGCGCCUUCAGCUCGAACUGGAUCAACUGAAAGCCAGGCCCGGAGGCUCCUAUUCCAGUCGAUCUCUACCCGGCAGCGCUCUGGAGCUGAGGUACUCCCACGGGGGAGGCUCCCUCCCAAUGGGCUCCACCACUCACCUGGACACCUUCGGGAACGCCUCCCUGGGCGGCAGGCGAAGCCACCGGUCACGGUGGAGCUCGGCCAGGGAGGACUCCACCAAGUAUACAGACUGGGGGACGGGGGCGCGGCCGGGGUCCGGCUACGAGCACGGUGUGGACGUGGGCUGCUCAGACGACGAGGAUGACGGAGACCAUCGCUUCGGGUCCGAGCUGCUGUCUCCCAGCGGACAGACGGAUGUACAGACGCUGGCCAUCAUGCUGCAGGAACAGCUGGAGGCCAUCAAUAAGGAGAUUAAGUUGAUCCAGGAGGAGAAGGAGAACACAGAGCUGCGCGCAGAGGAGAUUGAGAGCCGCGUGAGCAGCGUGGCCCUGGACAGCCCGCCCAUCCCGCCCUCCUCGCUGGGAAGGGACGGCGCGGGGCGAGGCUUCAUCCCGUCCUCAAUCACCUCCUCCACCCUGGCCUCCCCGUCACCGCCCAGCUCGGGGCACUCCACCCCUCGCUUGCCCCACUCGCCGGCCCGUGAGAAUGACAGACAGACCGGCAAAGACGACGAGCGCUCCCUGGCCCUACUCGACUCCACGCCACCGCCCACGCCGCGAGCUCUGCGCCUGGACAGGAUGACCCUCACUCACCCGGGGGCCCUGCCGGACGACCCCCGCGAGUUCCGCAGCCUGUCAGCAGACGGCAGCAGCUCCAACAGCAGCCAGGACUCCCUGCACAAGUCCAGCAAGAAGAAGAGCAUCAAGUCUUCCAUCGGACGACUCUUUGGGAAGAAGGAGAAAGGCAGGAUGGGACAGCCCGGACGGGACGGCUCGGCCUCGCUUGCGUCAACGCCCUCUGAAGAUCUGGCCUCUGGAGACCCCAUGGGCAUGAACAAGACCGGGACUUUGGGUCCGGCGGACAAAGACCGGCGCAGCAAGAAGAAGCACGAGCUGUUAGAAGAAGCAUGUCGCCAAGGUUUGCCCUUUGCAUCCUGGGAUGGUCCUACUGUGGUGUCAUGGCUGGAGUUGUGGGUGGGCAUGCCCGCCUGGUACGUGGCGGCCUGCCGGGCCAACGUAAAGAGCGGCGCCAUCAUGGCCAACCUGUCGGACACGGAGAUCCAGCGUGAGAUCGGCAUCAGUAACCCUCUGCACCGCCUCAAGCUCAGGCUCGCCAUCCAGGAGAUGGUGUCCCUCACCAGCCCCUCGGCCCCGGCCAGCACUCGCUCGUCGACCAGCAAUGUUUGGAUGACCCAUGCCGAGAUGGAGUCCUUGAACGCUGCAACCAAGCCGCCGGAGCUGAAGGAGUUCAGCUGGGAUCAGAUUCUGGCGUACGGCGACAUGAAUCACGAGUGGGUGGGCAACGACUGGCUGCCCAGCCUGGGCCUGCCGCUGUACCGCAGCUACUUUAUGGAGUCGCUGGUGGACGCCCGCAUGCUGGACCACCUCACUAAGAAGGAGCUGAGAGGACAGCUCAAGAUGGUGGACAGCUUCCACAGGGUGAGUUUGCAUUACGGCAUCAUGUGCCUCAAGCGCCUCAACUAUGACCGCAAGGAGCUGGAGAGGCGGCGGGAGGAGAGCGCACACCACAACAAAGACGUGAUGGUGUGGUCCAAUGAGCGCGUGAUGUGCUGGGUGCAGACGGUGGGCCUGAAGGAGUACGCCGACAACCUCCGUGAGAGCGGCGUCCACGGCGCCCUGCUGGCCCUCGACGACACCUUCGACUACACCGACCUGGCGCUGCUGCUGCAGAUUCCGAAUCAGAACACGCAGGCUCGCCAGCUCCUUGAGCAGGAGUACAACUCGCUCAUCGCCAUGGGAACCGAGAGGCGGCCCGAUGAGGACGGCACCAAGACGUUCACGCGCUCUCCUUCCUGGCGCAAGAUGUUCCGCGAGAAGGACCUGCGGGGCGUUACGUCGGACUCGGCCGAGACCCUGCCUGCUAACUUCCGUGCCUCCGCCAUCGCCACGCCCUCCGUUACCCUCAGGAAGGUCCAGAGCGACGCCAGCUCCGGUGCCCGGGGUGAAUCCGCCUCCGUGAGGACGUACUCGUGUUGAGGGAGAGCAGCUGAGGGGCCACCGAUUACACUGGGACCCUCCGACUCACUGAAGAAUGACUCUAAAGAAGAAAAAAGCCCCCCCCCCCCCCCGCCCCACAACACACACACACUACACUCAACUUCUGGCUAGUUGUGCUCCGAGCAUUCUGCAAUAACACGAACAGGACGAAGGUGACCUGAUGAUUUGUUAAUUUUUUUUCUCAGAGCAGGAAGUCAAAGUUCUCUCUCUGUGGCCCCUCUUUGUAUGAAUCCUCGUUACGCUAAGCGAGUUACGACGCCAUUGUUGCCGUCAAGGUGGGGGAGGGGGGGGCGUGUUCAUGUGGGAAGUAAAACAUUUCGAGCGCCGGGCGGCAGACCACAUCACAGCCACGCCGCUCGUCUUCGUCUUUUUGUCUCGAGCACCUUGAAAGCCGAUCCGAAGUCCUUUGAAUGCAUCCCAUAAUGAUAUACUUGAAAGGCUCCGAGGAAGAGGGGGCCGGUCACACAGGCAUCAGGUUCGACUGUUUCCUGACUCUUACGCAGAGAGCCCAGAAGUAGACCCUGUCUCAGGGUUCUGUGUGAAAGGCGCUGAAGGCAACUCGACAAUUUGACAAACUGACACAACAGAAGUAGAAUCAGCAUUUGGCUUUCACACAGAACUCAGCGUUGUGGAAUACUGAGGUUUCACACUGUUGACAGAAACAAAAAAAGCACACUUUGAGAGGAAGUAGCAAAGUCAAAAUCGGUUCGGAAGGUACCAACGGUGACCCGAAAAUGUACCCAUCUUCCGAGGUAUCGGAGGUGGGAUGCGGAUGCGUUUAUGUGAAAGGGAAUAAAGCUGGAGAGGGCGUGUGAAGUAUAACACCUGUCACGCACUGCUCUGACAAGUACAGUGGGGCGAAAAAGAAUUUAGUCAGCCACCGAUUGUGCAAGUUCUCCCACUUAAAAAGUUGAGAGAGGCCUGGAAUUUUCAUCUUGGGUAUACCUGACCUAUGAGAGACAAAGUAAGAAGAAAAACAAAUCCAGAAAAAUCACACUGUCUGAUUUUUAAAGAAUGUAUUUGCAAAUUAUGGUGGAACAUAAGUAUUUGGUCACCGACAAACAAGCAAGAUUUCGGGCUCUCACAGACCUGUAACGUCUUCUUUUAGAGGCUCCUCUGUCCUCCACUUGUUACCUGUAUCAAUGGCACCUGUUUGAACUCGUUAUCAGUAUAAAAGACACCUGUCCAGAACCUCUAACAGUCACACGCCAAACUCCACGAUGGCCAAGACCAAAGAGCCGUCAAAGGACACCAGAAACAAACGUGUAGACCUGCACCAGGCUGGGAAGACUGAAUCUGCAAUAGGUAAGCAGCUCGGAGUGAAGAAAUAAACUGUGGGAGCAAUUAUUAGGAAAUGGAAGACAGACAAGACCCCUGAUGAUCUCCCUCGAUCUGGGGCUCCACGCAAGAUCUCACCCCGUGAGGUCAAAAUGAUCACAAGAACAGUGAGCAAAAAUCCCAGAACCACAUGGGGGGACCUAGUUGAAUGACCUGCAGAGAGCCGGGACCAAAGGAACAAAGGCUACCAUCAGUAACACACUACGCCGCCAGGGACUCAAAUCCUGCAGUGCCAGACGUGGUCCCCCUGCUUAAGCCAGUACAUGUCCAGGCCCGUCUGAAGUUAGCUGGAGAGCAUUUGGAUGAUCCAGAAAAGGACUGGGAGAAUGUCAUAUGGGCAGAUGAAACUAAAAUAGAACUUUUUGGAAAAAACUCAACUAGUUUGGAGUUGAAUCCAAAGAACACCAGACCUACUGUGAAGCAUGGAGAGGAAACAUCAUCCUUUGGGGCUGUUUUUCUGCAAAGGGACCAGGACGACUGAUCCGUGGAAAGGAAAGGAAAGAUCUGCAUGGAGGAAUGGGCCCCAAAUACCAGCAACAGUGUGUGAAAACCUUGGGAAGACUUACAGAAACCUUUGACCUCUGUCAUUGCCGACAAAGGGUAUAUAACAAAGUAUUGAGAUGAACUUUUGUUAUUGACCGAAUACUUAUAUUCCACCGUAAUUGGCUAAUAAACUCCAUGAGCGAACUCCUCUUUCACACCGGUAUCUCGCAAAAUGUACACAUUAAAGGUGUAUGAGUAGGUCCGUCCGCGCCGCGCACGCAGAACCGGAUCAGACGUCGCAUUUGUUGGUUUCUGACGACACAAUUGCGAUGACAUCACGGGAUCUAUAGUAUUCGCCUUUGCUGGAUUCUGUGUGAAAGGCAAAGGCAGAUAAAGACCAUAUUAACUCACGUUUAAGGUUUUCCAAAGCAGGUUUCCUCACAUUCACAGCCAUUCCCCCCUAAAAAAUGUAAAUAAAAGGUGUUUUGGGACUUUUGGGAAGUUGUUGAAAGCGGACUCCUCCGUUGGGAUCUUUGGCGGGACAUGAUGGUGAAAGAUGAAUGACUGGAGGGGCCACAUUUGAGACAAAGCAUAUUCAAAGAAAAUGGGACAGACAGAAGCCGCUCAUUUUACACACGCACGCCAUAACAAAAUUCUCUGGAAGGGGAGAGGGGGGGGGGGGGGUGAAGGGGUGAAUCGGAAACCCAGGAAACGAAACCUUUAGCCUCCUUGUUUACGAUGCAUGUCUUAAAAAGAAAGAAAACAACAAGGAAACAAAUAAAAGACGACCAGAUAUUUUUUAGUUUUUUUCCCGUCAUGGUGAAGAUAACAAGGCGCGGUUCCAAAAUGAAAACUGACAAAAAGGGUUUGGGGGAGGGGGGGAGGGGGGGUGGGGGGGGGGGGGGGGUCAAUUUGUAAAAUGUGUUGAGAUUUUUUUCAGUUGUAUUUUUUAUUUUUUACAAUGACUAUUUUUCUUUAAGGUAUGUAUUGGAUAAAUGUAUGUACGUGUAAGUCCUUGUUCCCGCUCUGUCUCUCUCUCUCUCUCUCAUUAAAGACCCAUUCAGUUUGGAGCUAGACCGAAUGGUCGCCAGUCCAAACACAAGGUGACCGUUCCACUCACUAGCGCUGCUGAUCCGUGUCCACUCUGGCGACAGGUCGCGCAAUGAUCGCAGAUUUCCGUGAUUAAAGUGACCGUAAAACAAAACUGAAGAUAUCCUAUAUGGAAAAUGAACAAAUAUGAUAAAAGUGGUGAUGUAACAAAAAAAAAUAAUAAAAAAAAAAAUUAAAAAUGAAUAAAGCAAU